AUGAGUAAAAAGGUGAUCCCAUUAGAGAAGUUGGAAGAUACUCUCGCAGACUUAUUUGCUUUGUCGGACGGCGAGAACUCCGAAGACGACAAUGAGAGUGAUGAAGACGAGAAUGAAGCAGUUUUCUCAUCAUUUACCAGUACAGAACCUGAGGAUAUUUUAUUUGGAUCUGGUCUGAAUGAAUCACAGCCAACAACAUCAACAGUUUCGAUUCUUCCGUCAUCUCCUAAUAUGGAUAUAUCUGCCACACAUGAUAGUAUUACAGGUAGUACUCAACCUACUCCCUCUAAUUCUAGAAUGUCUUCAAUCACAAGACCUGUUACACCUGUAGUUACACAAGCUGAUGACACGGAUAACUCGGAAGACAGUUCAGAAAAUAACUCGGAAGAUGAUGGCGAUGAAGAGUGGAAAAAAGUGCAAUUUCCACACAUCCCGCCUACUGAGAAAUUUGAUGAAAUUUUACUGCGACCAUCACAGUUUUUUCCUAAUCGAACCCAAAACCGACAGAAAGAUUGGGAUAUUGUAACAUUGCAGGAGCUAAAAGCUUUUUUUGGUAUUUUGAUACUUAUGGGCAUUCACGUACUUCCAAAUAUAUCUCUCUACUGGUCUUCCGAUCCUACGUUCCGUGUGGCAGAGAUUGCUAAUGUUAUGACAGUGAAGAGAUUUAAAAAGAUUUUGGCAAAUUUACACCUAAACGACAACAGUCAAAUGCCCAAGAGAGGUGAAGAAAGGUAUGAUAAACUUUACAAAAUAAGGCCUAUGAUCAAAAUUUUGAAUAGUGCUUUCCAAAGUGGUGGAGUGUGCUCAUCAUCGCAAAGCAUAGAUGAGUGCAUGAUUAAAUUCAAAGGGCGUAGCACUCUGAAGCAGUAUAUGCCAAAAAAACCAGUAAAACGGGGUUUCAAAGUGUGGUCGCGCUGUGACAGUCUGACUGGAUAUUUGUAUCAGUUCGAGAUUUAUACUGGAAAAAAAGAUGACGCCACUACAGAGGUUGGAUUAGGAGCCAGUGUGGUAAGAGAACUAUCAAAAAAUCUUAUUGAUGAAAAUGUUGAGAAUACUCACAUCGCUUUUGAUAAUUUUUUUGCGUCCCAUGAGCUAUUGCAGUACCUAUUUGAUAAUAAUAUUUAUGCAACUGCAACUGUACGCGCAGAUCGUACAAACUUGCCCAAACUUAUAAAAAACCAAAAAAAAAAGAAAGAUGAACCUAAACCGCCUCCUCUGGUACUGGCUAAAGGAGAGUACAAAUGGCGAGUCAACCAGAACGUCGCAUUUUUUGUAUGGAAAGAUACUAAAUUGGUGUAUGUAUUGAGUACUGCUUAUCAUCCCCGUCAGAAAACAUGUAGAAGAACGCAGAAGGAUGGUUCGAAGUCUAACGUUUCUUGUCCCAUAGGAAUCCUGGAGUAUACCAAAAGAAUGGGAGGAGUUGAUAGAUUUGACCAGAAGAGAGGUACAUACUCCAUCUCAAGACGUAGUAAGAGAUGGUGGAUGCGAAUAUUUUACUUUUUGGUUGAUUCUGCCAUUACAAAUGCCUAUAUAAUAUACACCCAAAAUGACAGAGUGCACAACCCUAUGACCUCCUUGCAUUUCCGCACCGUGCUCGCACGUAACCUGAUAGACAACUUCAGCUCCAGGAAAAGGACUGUGGCACAAUCGCCCAACUUUGUAACUAAAAAACCAAAAGGGCCAACAAGUAGACAGAAGGCCAUUCACGGAAUACCUGAUGAACUGAGGUUGAAUGAUGUGGGGUCUCACAUGCCAAUGGAGCUGCCCAAAUACAGAAGGUGCAGAGCAUGCAGCAGCAAAAACCUUAACAAAACAUCCAAAAUACAGUGCACAAAAUGCCAAGUUCCAUUGUGCAUUGUACCAUGCUUUGCUCAGUUCCAUACACCCUGA